AUGUCAUUUAUGGGACAAACGCCUACCGUCUGGGACCCCGAAUUUGGGGCCCAAAGCCCAACCAUCUGUCCACCGAACUAUCCUAACUCGCCUCCAAAAGUGAAGCUUCUUACAACUGGUAAUGGAAGUGUCCGAUUUGGUCCUAAUCUGUAUGCUAACGGAAAGGUCUGUCUUAGUAUCCUUGGGACUUGGUCAGGACCCGAGUGGACACCGGCCCACAGCCUCUCCUCCGUCUUAAUCUCUAUACAGUCAGUCAUGAAUCAAGAACCAUAUUACAAUGAACCGGGAUUUACAACUGAACGUUGCCCUGGUGACUCUAAGCGUUACAAUGACAUUAUCAAACACGAGACCUUGCGUUGUGCUGUCUGCGAUGUCUUGGAACGAAAAUCCUACAUUCCUGAUGAUCUUUACGCGGUUGCUCAAGCAGCUUUUGAAGAUUAUUAUCCACAGUACCAGAGCACAUGUGAAGCGAAUUUAAGCUUAUCUGGCCAGCCGAUGAGAGAUCCAUUUGGCGAGCCACGUGGGACCUUUCAGUACAACAACAUUCUGCAACGCCUUCAUGCUUUAAAGGCCGCAUUAGAUAAAUAA